AUGCCGCCAAUGACAGCACUGCCGGAUUUCGGUCUCAACACGGACGACAUUAGAUAUUUUAAAAUGGAUUCCAUUAUUAGAGGAAAAGGACCCGAUCGAUUGAAGUUUCUUGAUCUAGAAGGUCGAUGGACUUUGAGCGGGAAGAGCAUGCCUUACAUAUCGUCUGCUUUCAACCAUCUGGAACGUCUGAACGAUGCCCGGAUACCUUUCCGCGAUAUCACUGAAGAACCGAUCAACGCGUUGGGAAUGGUAGGGUGGACUCCUUCUUCAGAACCAACGAAAGGAGCAUCGAGUUUUUGA